UAAAUAGGCUUAGGUGAGUCUCCAUGGUAACGGAACAUCACAAGCUGGGAUGUGGCCAGCAGUUCAUCAGGGAGAAACUGUGAGUUAAACCUCACAGGACUCUUCUGGAGAACAGGAACCAGACAAUCAGCCAGACAGACUAAGAAACAGAGCCGCAGCCCUGCUACCUGAAACUCUCCUGCCUGUCCUAUUGUUCCCUUUCAGGAGGAGGGAGAGAGACAGAAAGCAAGAGCAAGCAGCAGCCAGCAGGAGCCCAGAGGAAAGAAAGAAGCUUAGCUAAAAGAUUAAUUUAAUAAGCCACACUCCCGCUCCAUCCCUUCUGCCUCGCCACCCCAGCCCUCCCCAUAUGCUCAUUCAUCCUUCCCUUCCACCUCAUGGCUUUAUAAAACCUUCCUCCCUUUCCUAAAAAGGAUCCAGACAAUCUCCUCUCCACAACUGGAAACAAAGUGGUACACCCCUUCUGCCCAGAAGUACCAACUAUUUCAUCCAACUCCAGAAACUCAGAAGGUUUCCAGUGUGAUAUCCCCUCUAAUCCAAACUGCAGCACAGAGGCCAUGUCCCUGGUUCCGUGGUUCCGAUGGAGCGAUACCUCCCCCAGGCUGACUCCCAGAAGUCCAGCCGAGAUGGUAAUUGAGACCCUGAUGAUGGAGCUGGAUUGGCAGACAAAGGAAGCUGAGAAACAGCACCGGGAGAGGGAGAAUGAAUACCGGAAGAUCCGAACCGGUGUUGACUAUAGCUGGCUGGCCACCCCGCCCAGGAAUGCCUACGACCUGAGCCCUGGAGAGCGGCUGCAGCUGGAGGACACUUGCACCAAAAUCCACCCUUCCUACUGUGGGCCCAUGAUCCUCAGGUUCCGGCAGCUCAUUGCUGAAUAUGAGCCCGAAGUCCAUGAGGUAUCCCAGCUCUUCCGCUCGGUCCUCCAGGAAGUCCUGGAGAAGAUGAAGGAAGAGGAGGAUGUCAGGAAGCUGACCAAGCAGUGGAACAUGCGGUCCCGGGGCUCCCUCUCCCUGACCACCUUUAGGACCCGUUCCCGCAUCUCCCCGUUUGCCAGUGACAUCAGGACCAUCUCAGAGGAUGUGGAGCGGGACAUCCAUCCCACCCCCAGGGUCUGGAGUAUGCCCGAAUUCCAGAUGCACAAAGACAAUAACUGAGGAAAGGAGGCCCAGGAAUGACUUGGUUAGCUAGGUUUCAGCCACAGGUGCCGCCUUUUCCCCUCCCAGGCCCUCUGUUACCUGUUCCAGUUUGACAUGCUCCCCCUGCUCCUUUUCUGAGAUUCUGGACCAGUACUAGGAGUGAGGAACCAAUGAAUAUACCAAUUCUAAGGACAAUUAUGGGUUUGAGGCCUUAUUUAUACAGACCUAAGCCAGUCACCGACAGUCAAGAUCUAGGGAGUACAUAAGGUUGAAAGAUCCCACAAUUCGUGAUCCUACAAUUGUCUAACCCCAGGAAGCGAGGACCACAGAAGUGUGUUGGAGACUUCAGACCACUAUCAUUCUAGUUUUGUUUUUUUUUUUAAGAUCGAAUAGAAGAAUUCUCCAUCAUUAGUAUUGGGUAGACAAAUGUCCCCAUUCCAUAUCCCUGUUUCUAAAAGCAAGUGGAUGACUUUGCCUUCCUGCUAAGACCUCUAACCCCCAAGUUGUGGACUCAUCUUAGGUUGAAUUAUUUCCCCAUGUGGAUUUUUGUUGUUUAGUGGUGCCGAUUUAAUCAUUUCUAUUCU